AUGGAAGAGAUCUCAAUCCCAAAGAAGCUGCUGAGCAUGGAGCCGGGCGGAAAAAGAAAAUUGAGCAGACCGAAACCGAGAUGGAAAAUGGAAUCACAAAUGGGGAGGCGCAAAAGUAACAGGAAACCCCCUCCUAAAAGGAAAGCAAUUGUACCACUAGAUACGCAAUUUGAUUGUCCUUUCUGUAAUCAUGAGAAAUCUUGUGAAGUUACGAUGGAUAGAGUUAGAAGCAGCGCCCGAAUCGUGUGCAGAAUAUGUUUAGAAGAUUUCCAAACUGUUACUAACUUUUUAUCUGAACCUAUAGACAUUUACAAUGAUUGGAUUGAUGCCUGUGAGAAAGCCAACUAAACAUUUUAAGUUGGCUCUUAAUGAUCAGUAAAUAU